CCGAGAAGUACCUAGGUAGACAGACAGAUCGCCAUGAGCGCUAAAAGCCCCGAGGUGGUGGACGGCAUGAUCGACGACAGCUUGCUGGGUAUCCUCAUCAUCCUUCUGGUGGUCAUGCUCAGUACAGGCUACGUGUAUAUACAGCAACUACGACAGGGAGACGCGCCUCAGCGUGGAAAUGCCGCUACCAACUUGGCCCGAAUGGCACCGUCUGCUGGCGCGGCGUUGGCUUCAGCGUCUGAACGCGCCGCCAUCUCGACUGCAGGUCUCACUGACCGUCAGCUCCGUCUGCAUUUUACACUACCAAUGCGCAACGGUGCUCGCACCAUCACCAUCAGCGGUGACGCGCUGCUUAAGACAGAGAACCUCGAGGCUCUAGCAUGGACGAACGACGAGGUGCCGACACUGCUGGCAGAUCUGUCCCGUGUCGGCGACGUGUAUCUCCUGUGUAUGGUGACGGAUGCCACAAACAAGCAGAGCAUGCAACGCAUCCGUGAGUUCGUAGCGACGCAUCCUGACUUAAAGAGCAAUGACUCGACGACUGGAGGUAUCAAGGCGCACAAGAUUCUCUUCUGCGCGACGUCUAUUGGCAAGAUUGCGUUCGUGCGACAGAUUGAACCUCUGGUUCAUGUAGAAGUUGACGCUGCAGUCGUUCGUGACCUGGAGAGACACGUGCCGCGCAUUGUGCACAUCCCAACUUCACCUGAGAAUGCGGUGACGUCCACAGUUCCUAACGUGAUUCACGUGGGCGAUAGCUUCGCCGGGUAUUUCUCACUGAUCAGUUCAAAAGAACGACUAUAA